CGAGGCGGUGGAAAGGUGGGAUCUAAUUGUGGACUUGGAAGUAGGAAACUCCCAAAGUUGAUCAGGAAGAAUUUUUUUAGUAUUGAAUGGCAAUUUUCAAUUUGCCCCUUAAGUGGUAAUGCUGAUUUCCCAAAAGAAAAAAAAAAGAUUUGCCAAUGGCAAGUGAGCACUGAGCAGUAGCAGGCAGACCACUCCCAAGGCCCCAACGCAAUGGCCAGGACCUUAUUAAAACGCGCCACCCCGAGCACCUGAUAGCCCGCACAAGCUACUCCUUUGAUAGGCCAGCACAGCACAAGGCACAGAGCAGGAGCAAACGCUAGCUCUGCACGAACGUGUCCCGUACGUCCUUGUGAAAAUGUCGCCCACACCUUCCCACCUCGCCGGCGCCGGCGACGGCGCGGAGCCGUUCCGCGUGUUCGUGGGCUACGACUCCCGCGAGGACAUCGCGUACCGCGUGUGCCGCCGCUCCCUGCUGCGCCGCUCCUCCAUCCCGCUGGACGUCAUCCCCAUCGUGCAGCAGGAGCUCCGCGAGGCCGGGCUGUACUGGCGGGAGCGCGGCCCGACGGAGAGCACCGAGUUCUCCUUCACCCGCUUCCUUACUCCGCACCUCGCGGGCUACCGCGGGUGGGCGCUCUUCGUGGACUGCGACUUUCUCUUCGUCGCCGACGUCGCGGAGCUGGCGCGCCUCGCCGACCCGCGCUACGCCGUGCUGUGCGUGCACCACGACUACGCGCCCAGGGAGGCCACCAAGAUGGACGGCGCCGUGCAGACGGUGUACCCGCGCAAGAACUGGUCGUCCAUGGUGCUCUUCAACUGCGGCCACCCCAAGAACCGCGCCGCGCUCACGCCGGAGGCCGUCAGCACGCAGACCGGCGCCUACCUCCACCGCUUCAUGUGGCUCGACGACGACGAGGUCGGGGAGGUGCCGUUCGUGUGGAACUUCCUCGUGGGGCACAACAAGGUCGACCCCGCCGACGAGGCCGGGACGGCGCCGCGCGCGAUACACUACACGUCCGGGGGGCCGUGGUUCGAGAGGUACAAGGACUGCGAGUUCGCCGACCUCUGGGUCCAGGAGCGCGACGCCUACGAGGCCGAGGAGGAGAAGGAGAAGGUCGGCGAGGAUGAUGUCAAGGCCGCCAUACAAAUGACACCCGCGUUGUCGGUGGACGCAUGAUCGAGAUCCCAUAGUCCCCUACUCGCUGAGCUGAGGCCUGAGGCCGUGCUUGGUGUGCUAUUUUCUCGCCGAUAGGUGUAGUGCGCUACGUGGACAGUCAGCGGAGGUGUUACCUCCUGCUUAUUAGGAAUCAAACCUCUAUGUUUGAGAUCCUAUAUGUAUCGGUCGACCGAUCUGCCAGCGACCUUAAUAAGGCACCAUCCUUUAUGUACAUGUGGUGGAAAUUGUUCGUGCAAGCAUUUUGUGCAAGUACUGUAUUUCAAGAAAUAAAUGGACGUGUGUGCGACUCUGUGCAAAA